AUGGCCCGAACACCUGACCUGGACAAAAAUCCAGUAAAUGUUCAGGGAAUGCGCCUUUCCCAAACACCAGCUCAGAGGCUCCAAACGGGACCAAGUUCAUGCCGAAUUUUGGCUCGUGAACCAGUUAGUGCCCAUCCCUACCAGGAAUUGAACCUGAGACCUUCUGUAUGCCAAUCAGAUGCUCCGCCACUGAACCACACCCCUUCUUGCUUCCUAUUAACAGAAAUAUUUUCCGUGGCUCCAGCUGCAGGGAGUCUGGGUGGUGGAACUCUGCUCACCGUCACCGGAGACUUCUUUGAUACACCCGUGGCAGUCACAGUUGCAGGUAUCCCCUGCCAAAUUAAGGACAUUUCUCCACAAAUGAUCAUCUGCACGACUGGAGCAGCUGGCGAAAACAGACGCCCCAACGGACCUCAGCCAGGAAACAGAGGGCUUCUUUUUGAAGUCUGGGAAGGCACGGACACAAGCCCUGGUGAAGCCGCCCCUGAAUACAGGCAGCAGCUGGUGCCUAAUGCUAGUUUGCCAUUAGGUCUCCUGCCAGGGGGACAACAACCAUUCAGUGCCCGGCUACGUGGCUUUUUUGUGGCACCUCAGACAAACAACUACACGUUCUGGAUCCAGGCGGAUGCCGAGGCUUCUUUGUACUUCAGCCUGUCUGAAGAUCCAGGGAAGAAGGUUGAGGUUGCAUCCAUUCCUGAUGGAAUUCCUGGACAGUUGACAAACUGGGAGGAAAACUGGAGACAGCCUGGGAACCCAAAAUCUGAAAAAUUCGAAUUAACGGGGGGCACCAUGUACUAUUUGGAAGCAGUGUAUCGUGGGAAAUCACCAAGCAAUGGAAUGAGCGUUGGGGUCCAAGUGCACAAUACCUGGCUGAAUCCUGAUGUGGUGAACACUUAUCGCAGAGAGAGGCACGAAAUACUCGCCACCGCAUCCCAGCUUCCGGAAAUACAGAUGCUGACGUUAUCUGGUACCGGACAAUUCAGUCUUGCCUGGGGCAACGUAAGCAGCAUCUUCCUGCCAACAAAUGCUACCGCUGGACAAGUCCAGAAAGCUCUGGAGGACCUUCUUUCAAUAAGAUGUGAAACGAAGCCCUCAUCAGCCAACAUCCUUCUGCGGGCUGGAUUUGAGCAUGGUAACUUGGUUUGCACAGAGGAAUUCACCAGCGGGGGACAUGCAAUCAGCUGGACAGAGCCAUUUUGUGGAAGGUUCAGCGCCCACAAGCUAGAAAGCCUUGUUAAGAUACACCCGUCUGUCUCUGCUUACGAUGUCACCAAGUACACCCAUCUGUGCUUUGCAUAUAAAGGUUAUUUGAGCAACACCCUCUUCGUGGCAGUCUCUUACGCCGAUACCUUUCAACAUGUAGUGAGGAAGAAUCUGACCUGCCAGUGGCCUCUUAAUGAGACAAGCCCAGAAAGCUGGAAUUUUGUCUGUACCAAUCUUUGGAGGGAUUGUUUGGAGAAUUCUGUAUCCCUAAAAGAUCUUCUGAAAAACUCAUCAGUAUUUCUGCACCAGGUAGAUCUAGAACCCUUUGUUAGUGCGGCUGAGACUUCUGUCCAGUUCUUCGUGGAUGAGAUUAUAAUUUCGGACAGAGAUAUAGUUGUUUUUCAGAGAGAGGCAAGACCACCUUGUCCACAUGGGGGAUUUAUAGAGUCAGUGUCUGUGGUUGGAGCUUCACCUGUAUACAACGUGUCCUUCUUCAUGGCGGAUUAUUGCAAAGAACUCCCUCUUGUUUCACUGAGAGGAGCUGUGGGUGAGGCAAGAGUCAACCUGACAGUUCGGAGGGUGCAAACGGCAAGCCCACCUCUUGGCGGGACUUUUCGAAUUCAUCUGCCCAAUGUGGAGAUAUCAGGCAUUCCGGCAUCCAUCUCAUCCCAACGUCUCCGCAAACUCCUACAAAGCUAUGCUGAUAAUUUUACAGCCCAGUACUUGAAUGCCAGCGAUUUUUUGGUAACUAAGGACUCGAGCAGCUGUUACCGAAGCAGGUGGACGUUGACUUGGGCGUCAACAACUGGUGACUUGCCUAAUAUCAUCAGUGUGUCUGCCGAAAACCUCACUGGUCUGAACCCAGUGGUUACAGCUCGGGUUGUAUUUGAUGGAGGUGUUUUCAUUAGCCCGAUUUUUGGGGACAUGCUUGCUACCCCCAACGAUUUCACACAGGUUGUGGUUGCAGUGAAUGACGUUCCAGCAAACUGUUCCGGUUCAUGCAUUUUCCAGUAUCUCUUGGAAUCUACUCCAUUAGUCGACAGUGUCGAAUAUUCUGUAGAGGAUGGCAUUCACAUGUUAAUCCAUCUUGUGGGAUCUGGCUUCGCCGCAGACCAGGGGGCAUUGCUUGUUGAGGUGAACCAGAUGGACUGUGAAAUCCUGGCUUCCAACCACAGCAGCGCUCUUUGCCGCAUGGAUUUGUUGCCUCCCAGAUUGCACAGAGUUACGGUGUUGGUGAGACCCUGCGGUUUUGCAGUCAAUGCCAGUAGAGAAGGAGGAAUAUUCGUGAGCGUUGUGCCCCGACUGACAGCCGUCGAACCUCCAAUGGCUUCAGAGAUUGGUGGGCUCCCAGUAACCCUCACAGGUUCGGGUUUCGACGGGAUACACCUGGUGGCAUUCGGUUCUCAGCCUUGCCCAAUUAAUGCCCGUGCCAGCAACGCAACCGUCAUUGAAUGCAGGCUUCCUCCGUGGAGAGGAGAAGACCACACUGUUAGUGUGAUUCUGGCCAGUGAACACGGAUCCGCUCUCCUUCCCGGCGCCUUCACAUACGACGCUUCAUUGAACCCAUUUAUUAUUUCACUGAGCAGAAAUACGAGCAGCACAGCAGGUCAGACUCUCCACAUCGGUAUAUCGUCGUUCACAAAUUAUGCCGGGUUGGACGUGAAGGUGAUAAUUCAGGAGUCUGUGGCAGAAAUCCAGGCACGAACCCGUCAUGGACUCCAUGUAGCACUGCCUCCCUUGACACGUGGACUGUACAACCUUUCUGUCUUCCUUAACGAUGUGCCGUUAGAUGCUAAGGGAGCGGAGCCGUUCAUCCGGUACGUUACAGAGGUCUUCAAAAUGGAGCCGUGUUGCGGUUCCUUUCUUGGUGGAACUUUGCUCACAAUCUCUGGAACAGGUUUUACCAGCAACCGGCAUAUGGUCUCCAUCUUUGUGGGCUCACAACCCUGUCUUGUUUCCUACCUGAAUGAAGAGAAAAUUGUAUGCCGUAGUCCACCGGCUAUUCAGCAGUCCAAUAUCACUGCCCAAGACCUUUCAGCCAACGUGCAGUUGUUUAUUGGCAACAGAUCAUCUGUAGAAAUGCCUGUCUGGAGCAUCUCAAAUUUCACCUUUCUUUACCAAAAGUCUUUGACUCCUGACGUCGUAGAUGUUGAAGUAGAAAUGGCAAACGAUACCCUGCUUCUGAAAACAGAGGUGGUCAACAUGACCGAUUGGGUGGCCCUCCUUGGGUCUGUAGAAUGCGAGCUCAAGAUAGAGCAUGCCAAUCAUUCUACAGUUGGUGCUCAGUGCUCCCUACCGCUAAAUAUUUUUGAACCGGGAGAGUACCCCAUCAGAAUUCUCCAGAAGCAGAUGGGCUAUGCCAAGAUACCAGCCGCCAGACAGCACUUUACGGUAGCUCCGUCGAUAAGGACCAUCUUUCCAUCUCAUGGUUCCGUUUGUGGCGGUCAGUGGCUCACUAUAUCUGGCCGUAAUUUAAAAUCUCAGACUAAUUUGCCUCGCGUGAACCUCAGCGGCAAUUUCACCUGUGAGAUCCAGAGCUCCGAUGAUACCGUAAUAAAGUGUGUUCUCUCGAGAAGGGAUCUUCCGGUGGAUAACGGGCAGUUCCGUGAUGCAUCUCAAGAACUUGGAGUCACAGUGUCUGUGAAUGGGAUCAAUAGCCAUUGCCUUGAAGACUGUUCAUUCCACCUUCUUGAAAACUUGACCUUUAUUAUCGAUGCUGUGAAUGUAGAGUUCAGUGAUAUGCUGAUUUGUUUGCUCAUCAGAGCUCAGAGUUCAGUGUGGAUGAUGGAAGAAACCUCGAUAGAGGUGGACAGUUAUCUCCCUUGCAGUAUCACUUUCUGGAAUGAAACCAACGUUGAGUGCCGCUUAAACAGCCUCGUUGCAGGCGACCAUGUUGUUUCCGUGCAGCACAGGAGUUGGGGACAGGCUUGCCUUUUUCGAAAAGGUUCCAGUCUCUUCAGAGUAGAUCCCCGCGUGCUCCGGUUCUACCCCCAGAAUUUCAGCAUUAAUGGCGGAGGGCUUCUCACACUGGAGGGCACAGCCUUAAAAGGAAGGAACAAGACCUCUGUUGUCAUAGGAGACCACCACUGUCUCCUCACCAAUGCCUCUUUUUGGGCCCUUCAGUGCCUCGUCCCUCCAGGGGACGGAAACACCACUGUGAGGCUUUAUGUAGAUGACAUCUUGUAUUUAAUCGGCGAAAUAAAUUACACCGAAGAUUCCACUCCUGUUUUCCUUUCCCUUCUUGCUGCCGCGAACCAGUUUCUGACUAUAAGGGUGUCGCGGGUGAGGCGAACGGAAGACAUGUAUGUGUUCGUCGGAGGUGCUGCCUGCACCAAUGUCACUGGUGAUGACAGAACUUUGCACUGUGCAGUUCCUCGACUUCCUGCUGGGACCUAUGGAGUGACGGGUGGGGAUGUCCUCAGAGGCGGGGCUUCCUCUGGCUUGGUAUUCGCUUCUCUGCUCACCGUUAUAUCUGUGAACAGCAACCGUGCCUGCCUUGGGGGUGGUGAAGUGCACUUACGUGGGACCGGUUUUUCUUCAGGGAAUACCUCGGUUACUAUCUGCGGCGCUCCCUGCGAAAUACUGGAUGGUGUCACCACAACGGAUCUGAGCUGCCUAGUGCCGCCCUUGAACGCCUCCUUAGCCAUUCUCUGUGGCCUGACAUGGUCCUUAGAGGAGAAGAGCGAUUGCCCAGCGUCGGUUCCGCCUUCAAUCCAGUGUGACAUCCGCGUCAUGGCAAACGCUUCUGUCGUCAAAGCGUCCAUACCUUACCUAUACUUCUGCGGUGAUUCGGCGUGUUCCUCUGACCAGGCAGCCGUCAACUCAUCCCGUGGUUUCCCCAGCGGCAUCGUCAUCAGCCCUAAAGUGGAAAGAGAUGAAGUUCUCAUCCAUAACGGCUCCUGUAACAUUACCAUGGAAACUGAGGCAGAGAUGGAGUGUGAGGGGCCUAAUCAACCAAUUACCGCCAAGAUUACUGAGAUAUGGAAAAAAUGGGGCCAGAACACUCAGAGUGCCUCCCCCCUUCGACUCUGUGGCCACUGGUCGAAGCCCUGGAGCUGGCUUAGCGGGAAGGUGCCACGAGAUGGCGAUAACGUCACGGUGGAGAGAGGCCAGACGAUGCUCUUGGAUACCCGCACGAGCAUCCUCAGCGUGCUCCAUGUCAAAGGUGGCAAGCUUGUGUUCGUUGGUCCUGGGCCAGUGGAACUCCACGCUCAUUAUAUCCUUUUAUCCGAUGGAGGCGAACUUCGUGUCGGAUCCCCUGGUGACCCGUUUUGUGGCGCAGCCCGCAUCCAUCUCCACGGCAGUUCCCAUACGCCCCUCUUCUCUCCAUAUGGAGCCAAAUUCCUGGCUGUGAGGAAUGGAACCCUUUCCAUUCAUGGGUGUGUCCCUCAAGUGACAGUCACACAUUUGAAAUCGGGAGCGCUUCCAAAUGACACCAAAUUAAGUCUGAUGGAGCCUGUGGACUGGAAACCUGGGGAUGAAGUGGUGGUUUGUGGAGGCGGCCUAGGAGAUGCUCAGAAGCAAGAUGAGGUCGUCACUGUCAAAUUUGUCAAUGGCACAGACCUCUACAUCACAUCCCCACUCAGGUAUCCUCAUGACAUUUCUGAAGAGCAGGUGUUAGGAGGAUGUCUUAAUCUGAGACCCGUCGUGGCAUCCCUCAGCCGGAGAGUGAUCAUUCGAGGAAACGUCACGAACGAGAGGGCUUCCCACCAGAAGCAGUGCAAAGAAGCAGGUGUUUCGGGGGGCAAGAAAGGUUUCUCAAAAUGCCUGUACACGACAAGUGAAAGGAAGCUCGGAUCUCGGGAUAUGGGAGCAGUGGUCUUUGUGCAGUCCAAUCGUGGUGAGGAGAGCCAGUUCCAUUUGGAAGGCGUGCGGUUCCAGCACGUAGGUCAAACAUUCCGGAAAGAUCUCAGCGCGCUCACCAUCGCUGGGAAUGCUGAUAUGACUAACUCUUACAUUCGGGACUGUGUCGUGUUGGAUUCUUUUGCUCGGGGAAUUAGUCUUUCCGGGGUAUCACAUCUCAGGGUGGAAAAUAACAUUUUAUACAACAUCAUGGGCCAUGGAAUUCGUGUGGGAGAGCGGCUGGAACAAAAGAACCAAUUAAAACGCAAUACAGUUAUUGGACUGUCUGGGAGUGACGGGCUGUCCAAUAUUGAAACCUUUUCGCCCGCUGGGAUCUACAUCCAGGCACCUGAUAAUUUGAUAGAGGAUAACACCGUCUGUGCCGCCGGACAUGGCUACUUCUUUCACCUUUCCCCAACAGGACCGUCACGGGCACCGAUCCCGUCCUUCGAUGGGAACGUGGCGCAUUCUUGCACGAGGUACGGACUGCUGUUAUAUCCCGAAUAUCACCCUCAAAGGGCAAACAGCACAAUCCCUGUUGUAUUUCAGUCCUUCACAGCCUGGCAGUGUCUAGGUGGGGUUCAGAUUAUGAGCACCAGCAACUUGCAGCUUCGUGGGCUCCUCAUUUGCGUCUGCCGCAACUUUGGAGCAAAUAUUGUCGAAAGUCUUGGAAACACCUCUGUGGUCGACAGUUUGUUCCUGGGCCGCUUGCGUGAAACGAAUGGAAGCUGUAUGCUUACAGGGCUGAAAACUCCCCACAGGCGUGAGCUAUUGAUUUCUAAUGCAACCUUUGUGAACUUUGACAUUCUCAACUGCACGGCAAUCGCCCCGUGUUCUGGCUGUCAACGAGGUCAGGGAGGAUUUACCGUGAAAGCAGAACGGGUACUCUUCUUAAAUGCCCCAAACUGGAUAUCAUUCCCGUCCCCUCAUUCAGCCAUUCUUGAAGAUCUGGAUGGCUCCAUCACAGGACUGGAGGGGAGUCGCCUCCUUCCCUCCAUGGAUACACUUCCAACUUCCUGUAGACCCAGCCUCAACACCAGUCAAGCUACCAGCGGCAGCAUCUGUGCUGGAAGUUAUACUUUUCACCGCAUGUCCAUUGGCCUAAAGACCUCUGUCCGUCCUUACAAUUUAAAAUUGACUGAUAGCCGCAAUAAGACAACGACCGUCAAUUAUGUCCAUGACAUUCUGUCAAAUGCCUAUGGCUGGAUGGCUAUUCUUGUGGACCAGGAAACGUAUACUCUGUCAUUCGAAAACCCUCUGGCAAAUGUGAAUCUACAGUACGUGGCGACGUUUGAUAACUUCACUGCUGGGAAUUACUUACUGGUGGAACAUGAAGGCCUUUCACCUCAUAUCAGCAUCACAGUGACCUGUGGGGCGAGGCAAGGAUCUGCACUUCGGUCCCUUCCUUCACAUAGGUAUAACAAAAGCUGCGAUUGGGCGUUCAGUCAGGAACAGAGGAAGCUGACCUACCUAGUUACAGGUGAAGGCGUCAUCCAAGUGGCAUUCAAAGCAGAAGACGCAAUCCCUCCGUCAGCGCCAGGUACUCCAUCCCCACCUCCUUCACAUUCGAGAUGGUCUCUCUCUGCCUCUUGGGACGGGGUGCCAGAGAACUGGGGUGGCUACAAUAACAGCAUCCCAUUGCCUGGUGAUGAUGUCAUCAUUUUGCCAGGCAAAACCAUCCUCGUGGAUAUGACUCUUCCUCGUCUCCGAAGUCUGUACAUCCUGGGAGUUCUGGAAUUCCCUUCCAACUCCAGCAACGUUCUCAGUGCCUCCUGCAUUCUCAUAGCUGGUGGUACGCUGAAUGUUGGCACAUCACAGAAUCCAUUAGAAAGAAGAGCAAAGCUACGAAUUGUCCUUCGGGCAUCUGAGAAGGUUUACUGUGACCGAUUGGAUGGGAUGGGCGCGCCUCCUGGAACUAUUGGAGUUUACGGGAAACUGCAGAUGCAUAGUGCGUAUACCGGGAUCUCCUGGACACGCCUUGGAAAUGACGUUGCCCCUGGAAAUGAAAGGUUCGGGGUACAAGAUCCUUUGGACUGGCAUAAUGGUGACAGGAUUGUCAUCAGCUCCUCUUCUUACGAAGCCCACCAAGCUGAAAUAGCCACUUUGGAAGAAGUCCGUGGUCAUAGCAUUAGAAUCCGUGAACGUCUUCUCUACAGACAUCUAGGGCAUUCCCACAUAUUAGAAGAUGGGCGGCCGAUUCCUCUGGCUGCAGAAAUUGGGCUCCUAACAAGGAAUAUACAAAUCAAGACCGACAGCAAUUGUACCGGGAGGCUUCUAGUGGCCAGCUUCAGAAAUGCCAGUGGCACAGAAUAUACAGGUGUGCUGCAGCUUUCCAAUGUUGAGAUUCUAGGCUUCGGAUCUUCACAGUUCCCUGCGGUUGACAUCAUGAACGCAUCCUCUGAAUCCUUCAUCAUCUCCUCCAGCAUUCACGAAAUCUGCGGGGCUGGCAUUCAAGCAGUGGCGAGCAGUGGCCUCUCAGUACGGGACAACGUGGUGUUUGAUACGGCUGGUCACGGCAUACACCUGGGAGGCCAAGACCAUUCUCUCGUCAGGAAUCUAGUCGUUCUGAGCAAACAGCCAGAGGGAGCAUCCUAUUGGGUGGCCGGCAUCAAAACCAACACAGCUGAUAACGCCCACUUGUGCAAUAACAUUGUGGCAGGAUCCGAACGGAUAGCCUUUCACAUCCGAGGGCAGGAAUGCUUCUUAGCGGGAGAGUUUUGCGGUGGUAACGUGGCUCAUUCAAGCCUUCACGGGGUUCACUUGUACGGAAGAGAUGGCUUUCCUAACUGCACCAAAAUCGCAGGCUUCCUGUCCUACAAGAACUACGACUACGGGAUCUUAUUUCACCUUGAAGGAAACGUAGUGGUAGAAAACGUGAUAUUGGUUGACAACAAUGUAGGUCUUCUCCCAAUUUUAUUCUGCACAUCCAUCGAGCCACGGUGCCACCUUGAAAAACAGCAUGUCGAACUUAGAAACUCGGUACUUUUGGCCACCAGCUCUUCUUUCGAUUGCAUCAAGGACCGGAUCCAUCCCCUUUCAGCUCACCCAACAACGCGGGAUCGAGCACCACGUAGUCCUUGGAGGGGGCGUGUCGGGAUUCUGUGGCCUUCUUUUACCUCCGAGCCCAGUCGCUGGCCUGAUCAUCCAUGGCAUAGAAUACAAAAUGAUUCGGCAGUGCUGGGAAUCAUGAAAUUGCAAGAUGUCACCUUCACUGGCUUUCGGAAGACUUGUUAUAGUGAUGAUGGAGACGUCUGCAUCAUGACCAGUCCUGGCCACAGAGGCGUGCUGCAUAUGGUCACAUCGGAGAGGACAAGAAUGCUCCAUGUCAACGAAGAGAACAUGUUUCACUUUUCUCCAUCACAAACGGGGUAA